AUGGAAGAAGAUCAUAAGAGAAAGGAGUUUGAACGAAUAAAAAUUGGAAUAUGUUUCUAUAAUUAUUGGGAUCAAUAUUAUAGAAUCAUAAAAGUCAUAUGUAAAGAUAUUGAAAAUAAUAAUGCUUUGGUUCUUUUAAGAGAUGAAAGUAAAAGAAGUCGUACUUAUUUUUUUAGUAAGGAAGAUAUUGUUGAUACUAUAUUUGUUAAAUAUAAUAUGAAUACUAUUCGAAAAACUAAAGAUAAUUAUUAUG